CCCCUGAUGAGUCUACCUUUAGAGGUCAGACUUCAGGUGCACCGAUGGGCGCAUCUCAUGAACGACGUGAAGGCAAAUAAGAACCCGCAGCGGAUAUCCGGCUCCCGAGCUCACCCUUCGGGGACUGGCUUGCCACAAGAGAUGAGAGUCGUUCCAGCAUGGUCCAGUCCAGCAGCUCUGGUGGUACUGGACAAAAUUCCCGGUGCAGUCACUAGCAAGGACAAAAAGCCAGAGCCCGCCCAGACAGACAAUCUUUCCGCGCCGUAUCGACCUUUCUGCGGGCUGCCCACUGCCCUUCUCCAAAUCAACAAGCAGAUCUACUAUGAGUGCAGAGAACUGCCCUUCCGGGAGAACGAGUUUGCCUUUGUCAACACCCUGUCCUCGGGGUUAUGGUCAGCCCGAUCGUUCAUGCAGGGCCUUGAGAGAUGGCAGAAGCAGGCCGUGAGUUUUGUGCGACUGGAAAUCUUGUUGCAUGACUUGACGGGAGAACCUGCUACGAAGUGGCUAGAGCUUUGUGAGCAGUGGUCUAGUAGAUUGCGCGGGUUGAGACUUGUUAUUGCUAGUGCCGAGGGAGAGUAUACACGGCCGGGCUCAAGGGGCGAAGCAUCGAAGGUGCCAGCCAAGAGUGCGAACGGAGAGGCGCAGAUGUCGAUCGAGCGUGGCUUGAAGAUGUUGAGUCAUCUUGAGUAUUUGGAGGUCGAGCUCAGACUCGUGAAUUGGGAUGGUGCCAUGAAACGGAACUGGUGCAAGAAUCUCGAGACGACGCUCAAU